AUGAUAAUUUAAAUAAUACUACAAUAAUAUAAAGAUAUUUUUAAAAAUUAGAAACUAUCUAUUCACCAAAAAUUUUUGUUUUCAUAAUUCAUAUUGCUAAAAUAAAUUCUUUUUAGAAAAUUUAGUUUUAUUUUUAUUAAUGAUUUUGCUUUCAAAUUGCAUAUUUAGAUUUAACAAGUAUUAAAAUUGAAUAUAAAUUUUGCAAAUUUUACUCAGUACUGCAUCUUUAUUUACAUAGUUACUUCUUCCUUCUUAAGAAAACUUGCCUCCAGCAACAGAGCCAAAUAUUUACUUCUACCCAUAUAAGAAAAUCUAGUGCUUGUUGGAGGAGCAAAAACAGAAGCUUUACUUCCAGAAUAUUUAGAAACGAAAUAACUUCCUGUUUUGUUCAUUCCUUCAAUAUCGUAAGCAUCUGGCCCAGGUACACUUUUCGAAGUCGAAAUAGAAACUAUCAAAUAAGAAAUUGAUUAAAAUCCAAUUUAUUUAAAAUUUAUAUAAAUUUUACAAGGAUAAACUGUCCUUUGUCCCAUUGAAUAUAAAUAUUUUCUUGAUUUUUUCGAAUCAUCUACUUCAUAUUGUCCAGGUCCAGGAGUGACUCUACUAGUUUGA